AUGAGGAACACCUUCUUGCUCGCGGCCGCCGUGCUGCUGGGCUGCACAUCUGCGAAAGUGCACAAGCUCAAACUGAAGAAGAUCUCUCUGUCCGAGCAGUUCGAUCAUGCCGACAUCGAAACUCAGAUGAAGUCUCUUGGUCGCAAAUACCUGGGUGUUAGAUCAGCACAUCAACAGGAAGUUCUAGCAGAUCAGGCUGAACCGAACAGUGGCCAUAACGUCCUCGUCGAUAACUUCUUGAAUGCCCAAUAUUUCUCUGAAAUCUCGAUUGGAAAUCCACCCCAGGACUUUAAAGUCGUCCUCGACACUGGUAGCUCCAACCUCUGGGUUCCAUCCGAGCAAUGUAGCUCCAUCGCUUGCUACCUUCACAAGAAAUAUGAUUCCUCGGCUUCAUCUUCCUACAAGAAGAACGGGACAGAGUUCAGUAUUCGAUAUGGCUCAGGCAGCCUUUCGGGAUUUGUUUCGCAAGAUACUCUUAAAAUCGGUGACCUCACUAUCAAAGAUCAACUCUUUGCAGAGGCUACAAGUGAACCUGGCCUUGCUUUUGCCUUCGGCCGGUUUGAUGGCAUUCUUGGACUUGGAUAUGACAGCAUCUCAGUCAACAAGAUCACUCCACCGUUCUAUAACAUGGUCAACCAGAAGUUGAUCGAUGAGCCAGUCUUCGGUUUCUAUCUUGGCGAUGCAAAUAAGGAGGGUGAUCAAUCAUUCGCUACCUUCGGCGGUAUUGAUAAGUCCUUAUACAGUGGUGAAAUGAUUAAAAUCCCUCUUCGUCGUAAAGCUUACUGGGAGGUCGACUUCGAUGCUAUUGCUCUUGGCGACCAGCGUGCUGAGCUUGAAAACACCGGUAUCAUCCUCGAUACUGGCACUUCCCUCAUCGCCCUCCCAUCUACGAUGGCAGAACUUCUCAACAAAGAGAUCGGUGCAAAGAAAUCAUGGAACGGUCAAUACACAGUGGAGUGCGACAAACGCUCAUCGCUUCCAGACCUCACAUUCACUCUUUCGGGUCACAACUUCACCAUCAGUGCCAAUGAUUACAUCCUUGAAGUCCAAGGCUCAUGCAUCAGCAGCUUCAUGGGCAUGGAUUUCCCCGAACCCGUCGGGCCGUUGGCUAUUCUUGGUGAUUCUUUCCUGAGACGUUGGUACACUAUCCUUCAUUAUCCGAUCACCGUCACCGAGCUCCUGUAUCUAGCUGGCGAUAGUGUCCACCAAGGCGAUGCGCUCUUCGCAUACUACUAUCACACCACGGUGACGGAAGGAGACGGGCUAGGUAACAAACAUGAUGUGGUGAAGAAAUUUCCAACCAAGUUCGAGAGCGCAGUCGAUGGUACAUUGUUAAACUGGAAAAUUAGAGAAGGGCAGAUCAUCGAGAAGCCGAUUGAUAUUGCUGAAAUAGAUGAGCCAUGUUCUCACGAUGUACAGUUUGGCGGCAUGUGCGCAAAUUGCGGGAAAGAUAUGACAGUCCUUGAAACCCGCAGUUUCAGCUACAACACCGAAAUCCUAGAUUCGUCGCGAGCUCCAAUUCGGAUGGUCCAUGAUAGCGCGGCUUUGACUGUCAGUAAGGAUAAGGCCACGCGCGUCGAGGAGGAUGCAAAGCGCCGACUUCUCGCCUCAAGGAAGCUGUCUCUGGUCGUUGACUUGGAUCAAACGAUCAUUCACGCGACGGUUGACCCAACUGUCGGGGAAUGGCGGGAGGAUAAAUCGAACCCUAAUUACGAGGCCGUGAAAGAUGUUCGUUCAUUCCAGCUUAUUGAUGAUGGGCCCGGAAUGAGGGGGUGCUGGUACUACAUCAAGUUGCGACCAGGCCUGGAAGAGUUUUUGCGUAAAGUCUCGGGCCUUUAUGAGCUCCAUAUCUAUACGAUGGGCACCCGAGCAUACGCGCAGAAUAUUGCGAACAUUGUGGACCCGGAUCGGAGGAUUUUUGGAGAUAGAAUUUUAAGCCGUGAUGAGAGUGGUAGUCUCACGGCAAAGAAUCUGCAACGCUUGUUCCCCGUUGACACUAAAAUGGUCGUGAUUAUUGACGACCGUGGAGACGUGUGGAAGUGGAGUGAUAACCUUAUCAGGGUCUUUCCUUAUGAUUUCUUCGUUGGAAUUGGCGAUAUCAAUUCCAGUUUUCUUCCGAAAAAACAGGAGUUAAAGGGCGCGCCUAGAGGACAGGUUAAGAUAAAGAAACAGCCGGAGGCCACCCCAGACGCGCAAACUGAGCCUGGAAUCAACGGUUCAAGCGAGAUGGAUAUCGAUGAAAAGCCAAAGGAAGACGUCUCAACUUUGGAACAGCUCGUGACUAUGGGAGGUGGUAAUAACCCCGUGCUACUCCAGGAGCAAACCAAUCAACAAGAAGAGCUCAUUGCACAUCAAGUUGAGGAACGACCACUAUUGCAAAAGCAAAAACAGCUUGACGCAGAGGACGAAGCUGCUGAAAUGCAGGCUGCGGAAAAUGGAGAUUCGGCUAGCGAUGACUCUCAAGAUUCAUCGAAACAUCGCCAUCACCUUUUAGAAGAUAAUGACACAGAGCUCUUUCAAUUGGCAGAGAGAUUGAGACUGAUCCAUCAGCGUUUCUUUGAAGAAUACGACAGAAAACGUUCUCUAUCUCUGGGGGGUCGAGUAUCAGCGUUGCGGGGCGAAAUUGUUCCCACCAAAGACAAAGGCAUUGACCUUCGCACUGUCCCUGAUAUCAAGGUUAUCAUGCCACAAAUCAAGCGAAAAAUACUGGAGGCCAUAGUUGUCGUUUUCUCCGGCGUGCUGCCUCUUGGAACUGACACACAAAAAGCGGAUAUUUCGCUUUGGGCAAAGAGUUUCGGAGUCAUUAUCACGCAAAAAAUCGACUCGAGGACCACCCAUCUCGUUGCAGGGAGAAAUCGCACAGCUAAAGUUCGAGAGGCGACAAGAUACCCGAAAAUCAAGAUAGUCACGAUUCAGUGGCUUCUGGAUUCUCUGGUACAAUGGAAACGUCUUCAGGAGGAGCCUUACCUGGUUCCGGUCCACCCUGAUGACCGCGGCGAGCCGAUUAAUUUAGGAAGUAGCUCCCAAGAACCAAAGGACCUGGACGAUCCUGGCUAUUUGUCGUCUUCUGAAGACGACAUUUCAAUGGAUGACGACGAUAUGGAUUUUCUAAAAGGCAAUAGCCAAAGCGAAGAGUUGGGCACGGCCGAUGAGGAGAUAUUAUUGUCGACGGGCCUUGAUGAGCACUCACGGAUAGGAUACGAUGCUGAUGAACAGGCUGAGGUACACGAUGAACUCAAAGCGUUUCUAGGCAGUGACAACGAAGAAAGUGAAAGCGACAGCGAUGCCUCAAUAUCUCAACGGUCGAUGGUCGUGACAACCGAUAGAAAACGCAAACGCGAUCUAGAAAGCGACGAGAGCGGAGGAGAAGGACCUGCCCUCGAGGACCACCAGCUGCAAGCCCAUCCCGGUUCGCGAUUGUCCCAGAAGAUCAAACGAUCCCAUGAGCGGACAACGGGGCUCAAGGAGGUGUCCAAUGCCGCUUCGAUCAGUACAGAAGACACACAUUCCGAGACGCCUGCUGCGCAAGGAAGUGGCGAAGCUUCAGGCAUCCCUAAUGCAGGAAGCGAGGUGCAAGUCGCAGCUGGUAGCAGCAGUCAACCUGAGGCCGACGUUGAAGUUAAACACGGGAUUUCUUCCAACGAUGACAACGGAGACGAUGACCAAGAUGAACUAGAGCGCGAAAUGCUGGCUGCAUUUGAAAACGAGGACUGGGAAGAAGAGACGGGCGACAGGAACAUGAGUGAUAAUGGAUAG